AUGAGUGAUAGAGGAUCGGAAAUCAUCUACCGAGCGGAGAAUGUUCCGGUCCGGUUCUUCAAAGCAUGUCGAUGGUGCAGAAGGCAGAAAAUGCGCUGCGAUGCGCGGAGCCAGGUCCCUUGCUUCCGCUGUCGGUCAACCGGCCGAGACUGUAUAUUGGAUCCCAUCGACGACGGUCGCCGACGACACGAUCGCCGCCGGAAAACAACUACCCCCGCAAGAAACCAAGCAACUGCAUCACCGCUGGAUCAGCGGACCGGAUUUCAUACUCCGGCAUCGAGAGAGCAAGGGUUUUCUCCCGCCAACGUCCAAGAUGGCGGGUUUGACACUUCGAUUGACUCAUUACCUGACUCGACAGGCCUAAGUAGUCUUCAAAGGUCUUACGCCAGUGACCAGAAUGGACCUGAAUCCCAGCAGCUCAGCCCGAACGAGAAGAUCGCACCAGCGUCGGCGGUUCACUCCAUGUCUGUGAAUUUGCUGGGCUCAAAUGAUAUUUUUAUAGAGAACUCAGCAAAAGGAGACCCUAGAGGUGAUGUGAUUGCACGAGAAAUUGUCAGCGAGGAGCUCGCUCGUGUCAUGUAUGAGCGGUAUGUCGAAAGCAACUCUGAGGUUUUAGAGUUCACAGGAGGUUCCAAAAACUAUCUUCCACUCUUCGACCCAAUCCGAGACACUUUUGACUCCAUUCGGUCUCGCUCAUUGUUUUGCUUUACUGUUAUUAUCUACCUUGCUAGUCGCGCCGUGACCGACUUACGUGGAGAUACACAUAUGCAGCGUGUUUUGCAAGAUGAAGCACAGCGAUUAGCAGAGGACAGCUUCUUUGAGCGUCCAACGAAGCUUGAAACUGUUCAAGGCAUGAUUCUUCUGGCAGCCUAUUCAGAGAAGACCUGGUUCUCCAUUGCUCUAAUUCUUCGCACCGCUCUAGACUCGGGAUUGGAAAAGUCUUUGGAUACUUUGCUGUCGCAGGAGAGUGUUCCUCGAAGUUCGCUAUCUGCCUCCAUGGCUGAGCGCCAACUGGUGUGGCAGACCAGGACCUGGCUGAUCAGCUUUACGUUGGAGCUGGAUGUCGCAUCUGGCACUGGACGCAAGUCACGUAUUGCUGAAGUUGACGUGGUGAAACUGCGUAAAUUCUUGGAUUAUCCGCUCUCGCUGCCUUGCGAUAUGCGAACGGUUUGUAUCAUCGAGCUUCAUCAACUUCGAGGUCAAUAUCGCAUGAUAAUUGAUAAUGCAUCUACAAUUAGCGAUAUUGUAUCUAACGAGCUACCGGCUAUUAUGACGAGACUCCAAAAUUGGUGGACUAACUGGGACGAAAUUCAUGAAAACAACGGUUUCCACAUAGGGGCUUUCCAGCGCAGCAGCCUGAAACUUAUGCUUCAUUAUGCCAGAAUAUUCGUGUUUUGUGCAUCGCUUGCUCGGAUUCAAAAGCUGAAGCCCGCAUAUGCCGACUCCAGUUCUGAUAUUCUCGAUCAAAAUGUUUUAGGCCUGUGGCAAUCUCUUGUCACCACCAUCAUGGAUCAAUUGGGUUUCUUGAUCAAUGAACCAUCCUAUCGCUGUCAAUUACCUUGGGCACCAACGUACCCUGCCCUCACAAUUGCGUUCAUUACGACGUUUGCUCUCCGAAUUGCGAGAUGGCGCCCGAGUUUGAUCAAUCAAAGCUUGCUGCUGGAAAGGGCGGAAAAGAUCUGCGAUUUUCUCAAGCAGCCGCCCUACCCUGAUAUCCACCGAACAGUUUCAAUCUUUGUCAACUAUGCACGCGCUUUGAUUGCCAGUCAGCGUCCUCAAAGCAGCCACAGUUCAGAUGGACCUAUCAUGGCCGAUCAAAGUGAUGGACCACAUCAGGAAUACCAGGGGCCUGAUAGCCCUGUGAUUAAUGCCUCUGAUCCAGGAGUGGGUCCCCUCGACGAUCUCCGCUACAGAGCCGGGCUGACGAUGCAGGCCGACAAGGUUGCGAAUAUGGUCACCAUGCCAAGUACUGAUUCAUCAACAGCUGCCAAAGCACCACUACCCAGGAUACCAGGGACGAUGGAAGCACCUAACUGGACAGUUUCGAACUCCAUUGCCGACUCUUUUGGCCUUUUUGAGGAAGGACAGAACGACAUAUUUGAUUUCUUGCCAAUGAUGCCAUCGAUGCCACAGUGA